UUGAAUUGGGACAGCCGCACCCCAUUCGUUUCUAUCUGUAUUAGACUGAGGUGUGUCUUAGAUCUUUUGCAGCGUUCGUUAGAGCACCGACAGGCACGAAAUCCGAUAUGAUAUAGAUAACUUGGCUCAUGGAUUCGGGGCGUGAAGAAAAAUGCACUAUCCGGACCAAGCGAUGUCAUCUAUGGACUGAUCCGCACUGCUUUCCCGGAUCAAGUGCGGCCCUUUUGGGGUGUAUAUUCGUACCCUUUCCGACAGACACAGUCGACAGUGACCGAUGGCCGGCUUGACUACCAAUUACUGGCCGAACAGACAGACGAUCAGCGCAGCUCUGCUCCGAUGCUCUCCUAAUCUUGUUGUGUCGAGUACCUUGACGCAUAUGCAUUGCCCGUUUAGCCAUUCGGCCCGUUUCGCACAUUUAAAAGAGCAGGCAAGCUCGCUGUGGAACGAAUACCCACGUCCGAAUGUCUUUGCCUGCUGAAACACCUAUUCUCAUCGUUGGCGCGGGGCCGUGUGGUAUGGCGGCAGCGCUCUCCUUGUACCACCAAGGCAUCAAGGAUGUGGUGGUCGUAGACGCCAUCGAGCAGGGUGAAAACGCCUCGCGUUCGUUGGUGAUCCAUGCAGCGACCCUGGAGGCUUUGGACACCAUCAAGUGCAUGGACAUCAUCCUUCCAUUGGGAGUGAAGGUUGGGCAGCUGGGGGUGGACGAAGGGUCGUCGUUACUGCUCACAGCCGACUUCUCGCUGCUUGCCGACAAGACCAAAUUUCCGUAUAGCCUGCUCAUCGCGCAAUCCAGCACCGAACGGGCAAUGCUCGAAAAGUUGACGCAGCUCGGGAUCCACGUCUUCCGCCCACUGAGAGUCGUUUCCGUCAAGGAAUGUAGCGACGACUCCGGGAAGCUGGAGGUCGCAUUCGAGUCUGGGGAAGUCAUCAAGGCAAAGUACGUAAUCGGGGCCGAUGGGGCGCAAUCAGUUGUCCGGCAUCACGCAGGGAUCGCAUUCGAAGACCCACGCGGAGAUGGACCACGCGACUUUGGCGACCUAUCGCAGAUGGCGCUCGGCGAUGUCUCCUUCUCCGCGCCACUCCCGUCGACCACACCUCAUACCAUAUUCCGCCUUGCGAACAAUAGCACAAUAAUCAUUGCCAAAAUCCCCCACGGAAGUUAUCCCAAUGUCACCAAACCAGUGUACCGCAUCACCAGCGGGAUCCCACAGCAGAUGGGCGCGCCGCCGCACUCGCCCGAUGUCGAGUACCUGCAGAAGAUGUUCGACCGAAUGGCUCCCGGGCCACUGCAAGGCUCGAAGAUCGAAACCGUGCACUGGUCGUCGCGCCACAAGACGCGCUCCGCCAUCUCCGAUCGCAACUUCAAGCGCUUUCCCGGCGGAGGGGUUGUCCUCCUCACCGGUGAUGCGGCGCACAUCCACAGUCCCAUCGGUGGGCAGGGUCUGAGUCUCGGCCUGCGCGACUCUAUCAGCCUGGGAGCCGUUCUGAGCGCUCAUCUCGGCGCGCCGGAAGAUGAUAGCGGACUGUUGGAGUGGGCUCGAUGGAGACACGAGCGUGCGCUGGAGGUGAUCAAGUUGACGGAACACGGGAUGGGAUUGAUCACUUCGCCGGGUAAGCUGUGGGCACCUGCGCGAUGGCUCGUCUUCACCGUUAUUCGAAUGCUCGGGAGGCUCAGGUUUGUGAAAAGGACGGUUGCGUUUCGGAUGAGUGGCUUGGCAGAGAUCUGAUGCUUCUGCGUCGCUUUUUUACGCACUUGAAAUGAUAAGGCGGGAAAGAGGGAGUGCUGGGUCUUGUAAUUCCGUCUCUUUCUAGUGACCUCCGAGUCUCGAAAAAUUAGCAUGUCAUCGUCGACCCAUCGGCCGAGUAACUUUUACAUCCACGUAAACUGUUUCCUUUCCCUGGCUUGGCUCGAAUC